CUCAUCUCCUUGCUACUUUCACCUUUUGGCCAUAAUACAUACUGUAUCGGCUCACAAUAUAUCACAGUUAUGUCUUCUCCUGAUUUUCGGCGCUCGCAGCGCAAUAAUGGUACUCCGCGACCUCCCCCUCUUUCUUCGCAGCUGUCAGCGUCAUCUCCACUUUUCUUCCAGUCUUCUCCAGCACCAGACGCAGACGCUAUCAAUGGCGACACAGCAUCUUUACAAAGGAGUGCAGAAGUAGACGGCGAUCAGACACCAAGAGCAUCGCAAGCCAAUAUUGGAGAGUCGUCUCCAAUUCGAUAUGCCUCAAGCUCAAGUCCGAUACGACCAGGAAAUAGCAAUACGCGCUCAAUGGACCUCCAAAGCAGCAGUAGCGCUUUGUUCAUUCGAUCAGCCCUCAACGAUAGUGCUACAUUGAAUAUCAUACCUCGAGGAGAUAUCAAUUCAGAUUUCUGGGGUGCCAAAGGCCCAAGGAGACAAUUUAUCAUUGACCAGAAUGGCAUGCCUGCAGACAUCUCCGAGGCCACUACAUUUUCAAACCUCAACCCAAACACGUCAGAUGCAGAUGCACUUGGCGGUAUGGAUAAUAUGGUUAUCUGGGGCACUAAUGUGUCUCUCACCGACACGAAACAUGCAUUCGACGACUUCCUCAGAAACUACAGGAAGAAAUAUCGUAUGAUCAUGGACGGUGAGCUUGCCCAAGGUGAGCAACUUGGACCUGAUCAUCCAGGAAAUGUCAAGGAAUACUGGGAUAUGCUCGAGAUGAUGCUUGAGCUGAAUAUUACAGCCUUAAAUCUUGACAUCCGAAGUCUAAAAGCGUAUCCUCCAACCAGAAAACUAUGGCAACAGUUGCAAACAUAUCCAGAAGAGUGUGUGCCAGUCAUCGACGCAUGCAUCAAGGACGCAAUGAUCGAACUUGCCGAAAAGAGGAUUCACGAAGAACGAGCACUGAUCAACCAAGCGCAUAAUAGUAGGCAGCGCGAUUCGAGUUCACUACCUCCUGUGCCAAGCUCAGAUAACCCCGGGGUCGAACAUCAUAGUAUGACAGAGCAAUUUAAAAAGCUUGAAAUGUACAGGAAAGAAGUCGAGGAGAAAAGGUAUACUGUUCGUCCUUUUGGCUUAGACAAAACAGUCAAUUUGCGUGAUCUGAACCCAGGAGACCUUGAUAGGCUAGUUAGUAUCAGAGGGCUCGUCAUUCGUACAACUCCUAUCAUACCCGACAUGAAAGAGGCUUUUUUCAAGUGCGCAGUCUGCUUUCACGUAGUUACAGUUCAGAUUGAUCGUGGCAAGAUAUCCGAGCCCACAAAGUGUCCGCGCGCAGCCUGCGAAUCCUCCAAUUCAAUGCAGAUCGUACACAAUCGAAGCAAGUUUGCAGACAAGCAAGUCGUCAAAUUACAGGAAACUCCUGACGAAGUGCCGGAUGGCCAAACACCGCACUCAGUUUCGCUAUGUGUUUACGAUGAUCUGGUGGAUGUUUGCAAACCUGGCGACAGGGUGGAGGUAACUGGAUUGUUCAAGGCAAAUCAAAUGAGGAUCAAUCCAAGGCAAAGAUCAAUUAAGAACAUCUUCAAAACUUUCGUUGAUGUCGUCCACAUCCAGAAGGUUGACAAGCGCCGACUCGGACUAGAUACUACUACCAUAGAGGAAGAGGUGGCCGAACACGUCGCGGGUGAAACAAGGGAGAUUCGCAAGAUAUCAGAAGAGGAAGAGGCUCGGAUCAAGGAGACAGCGGCAAGACCGGAUGUUUACGACCUCUUAUCUCGUUCGCUGGCCCCAAGCGUCUACGAGAUGGAAGAUGUCAAGAAAGGACUGCUACUGCAACUCUUUGGUGGCACAAACAAGAGCUUCGAGAAAGGUGGCAGUCCGAAGUAUAGGGGUGACAUUAAUGUCUUACUUUGCGGUGAUCCAUCCACGUCGAAGUCUCAACUCCUCAGAUAUGUUCAUCAAAUUGCACCGCGAGGUGUUUACACUAGUGGAAAAGGCUCAUCAGCUGUUGGACUGACAGCAUAUGUCACUCGCGAUCCAGAAACGCGACAGAUGGUGCUGGAGUCUGGUGCUCUGGUUCUGUCCGACGGGGGCAUCUGUUGUAUUGAUGAAUUUGACAAGAUGGGGGACGCCACACGCUCAGUUCUGCACGAGGUUAUGGAACAGCAAACCGUCUCUAUCGCUAAGGCAGGCAUUAUCACAACACUCAACGCUCGAACAAGUAUUCUCGCAUCGGCAAACCCAAUAGGAAGCAAGUACAAUCCUAAUUUACCAGUGCCUCAAAAUAUAGAUCUUCCGCCAACCUUGCUAUCAAGGUUCGACUUGGUAUACCUUGUGCUUGAUCGAAUUGAUGAGCAAGCAGACCGGAAAUUGGCUAGACACAUGGUGGGCAUGUACCUUGAGGACACACCUGAGAACGCCAGUCGUGAUGAAGUCUUGCCGGUCGAAUUCCUCACAGCAUACAUAUCCUAUGCUCGUCAGCACGUUCAACCAAGCAUAACAGAGGCUGCAUCAAAAGUCCUCGUAGACAGUUACGUUGCAAUGCGCUCUCUUGGUGCUGAUGUCCGGGCUCAGGACCGUCGAAUAACCGCCACAACUCGCCAGCUCGAAUCCAUGAUCCGUCUUUCUGAAGCUCAUGCAAAAAUGCGACUAAGCUCGGUCGUAGAAGCCCGCGAUGUUGAAGAAGCUGUUCGUCUGAUCAAAAGCGCUUUGAAACAAGCCGCUACUGAUUCGAGGACUGGCUUGAUCGAUAUGGGCCUCCUAACUGAGGGUGUUUCUGCGAGCGAGCGCAAGAGGCAGGAUAAUCUCAAAAUGGCUGUGCUUGGCGUUCUCGACGAAAUGUUGCAAUCCGGGGCUACGGGUAACGUUAGGAUUUCUGACAUCACAAAGAAGAUUAGUGAUGGCGAGAGUGGUAGUCAGGCUGAUAUCAAAGAGAUUCUAGAUGCUCUCCGAGCUCUGGAGCUUGAGGGAAGCGUGCAGCUCGUUGGCGAAGGAGCUAGAAGGACCGUUCGAAGGGUGACACGAGUCGCCUAGAAUGAGCGUGUAUGAAGAAAAUCAGAAUAGACGUUGUAUUCCCAGGUCGUUAAAAGGCUACUGACAAAAAAGUGAAUGUUGUAAUAAGUUAUUAAAUCCUAUU